AAUCAAAAGAUUUCAUGAUUUGGAUGAUGAUCACAAAAUCAUAUUGUGUUUUACUUCAGAAAAAUCAACAAUUAUCCGGGUCUUUUGCUUGCCAAAAAAAGAAGUUUUUUUUAAGCCAAAAUUUUUAAAAGUGCCAAAUUGAUAACGAUGACGACCACGACGAAAACGAUGCCUUGGACAAUCCGAAAAAUAUUCAUAAUGAACAUGUUUAGAUGUUCAUUAUUGAUGACUUUAACAACGUUAUUAUCGAUAAUAUUAUUUAUAAAUGCUGAUCAACAAACAUGGACAAUAAAUGGUAUAACGACGAGAACAUCAUUUCAAUUACCCGCACGUGAUAAACGUCAACAACAGCCAAAAAAUCGAUCCAUUUUAAGCAAUAUUAAUGAUAAUAAUGGAAGAUUUGUUUUCGAUACAAAUUUUAAUUCACAAUUUUUAGAUUAUAUUCAAACAAAACCAUCAUUUAAUGAACGAUUUAUAACGAAACUGUCCGGUAUGAAUCUUGAUCAUAUUGUUGAUUUGGCAACAAAAAAAGUAAACAAACGUUUCGAUACAAUUGAACCGAAUAUAUUUAAAAAUAAUGCAGCACAAAAACCCGGAUCAAUUGGCUGGCUAGUUGGAGCAUCAACAUCAUCAAACGGUUUGGUUAAAAAUCUAUCACGUGCAGCAUUAAUAGCGGAAGAAGCAACCAAUAUGAUUGUUGAAAAAUAUAAACUAAAUCUAGAUCAAAUAAUGUUCGGUUUGGCCGAUCUAAAUAUUCAAUCAACAUCAUUAUGGCGUAAUUGUCCUGCGCCAAAAACCAAUCCAUUAGUCUGUUAUCCUGGUCAAUAUCGAUCCUAUUCAGGUCAUUGUAAUAAUGUUGAAAAUCCGGAUUGGGGUUGUGCAAAUAUACCAUAUAAACGUGCAUUAGUACCACGUUAUGGUGAUGGUGUUUCGAAAAUUCGUCGUUCAAUUUCUGGUUCCGAGUUACCAUCAGCUCGACAAGUUUCAUUGGCCAUACACCAAGGAAAUGAAAGUCCUUUUUCACAUAUCACAACGAUGACAUCAUUUUUGGGUCAAUUUAUAUUUCAUGAUCUGUCUAAUGUUGCACAAUCGAUUGGUUUUAAUGGUCAACGUAUUCGUUGUUGUGGUCUAACUAAAACCGAAUUAAUUCAUCCGGAAUGUCAACCAAUCAAAAUAACCCAGAAUGAUCCAUUAAUGCAAAAAUUAAAUCAAAAAUGUAUGGAAUAUGUACGAUCAAGUCCAACAAUAAAAAAUCGUUGUAGUUUAGGUCCACGAGAACAAAUCAAUCAGGUAUCUUCAUUUCUUGAUGGAUCCACUAUUUAUGGUUCAUCCAAAAUGAAAGCAUUAUCAUUAAGAUCGAUGAAGAACGGUCAACUCAGAAGCAUUAAAUUAUCAAGUAAUUUUCAUUCUUUUUUUAUCGAUUUUGAAUGCCGUCCUUUUAUUCAUUAUUUGUCAACUUGUUUUUUUACCGAAACAGAAAAAAGCAAAGGGUUGUUGCCCAUUCAGGAUGAAAAUUCACAGGAUUGCAAAAUGAGCGGCAAUCAAAAAUGUUUCAAAUCCGGUGACGACAGAGUGAAUGAAAAUCUUGGUCUAACCAUAAUGCAUACAUUAUUUAUGCGUGAACAUAAUCGAAUUGCACGUAAACUUUCGGCAUUAAAUCCUCAUUGGAAUGAUAAUGAAAUAUUUGAAGAAACAAGAAAAAUUAUUGGUGCACAAAUGCAGCAUAUAACUUAUAAUGAAUUAUUGCCAAGUGUAUUGGGUGAAGAAACUAUUGAUAAUUAUGGUUUAAGAUUAUUUAAAGACGGCUUUUAUCGUCAAUAUGAUAUGAAUAUUAAUCCAACAAUGGAAAAUGCUGUUGCUAAUUCGGUUUUUCAUUUUCUAUUUACAACAAUGCCAUCAGCAAUGGAAAAAUAUUCCAAAGAAUUACAUAUGAUCGGAUUGACAAAAAUGUCUGAAUCAUUUUUUAAUCCAAAUGAAUUAUAUACCAAUAAACUGGAUGAAUAUCUAAUGGGUAUGGUCAGUCAAAAUGCAAAAAGUUCCGAUCCAUUUGUAACCGAUGAAAUGACCAAUGGCCUAAUUAAUAUGACUAAUAAAGAGGCAUUCGAUUUUGUUGCCUAUGCUAUACAACAAGGUAGAGAUCAUGGACUUCCUGGUUAUGUUGAAUAUCGACGGGCUUGUCAAAUUGAGCCAAUAAUUAAUCGUUUUGAAGAUUUAUCCACAACCAUGCGUAAUGAUGUACUUAAACGUUUAUCCAGUCUGUACAGAAAUGUUCGAGAUAUUGAUCUAUUGACUGGAGGUUUAGCUGAAAAACCAGUACGUGGUGGUUUAGUUGGACCAACAUUUGCCUGUUUAUUAGCUAGACAAUUUAAUGCAUUACGUCGUGGUGAUAGAUUUUGGUAUGAAAAUGAUAUGCCACCAUCAUCAUUUAACGAGGAACAAUUAGCUGAAAUAAGAAAAUCAUCAUUAGCACGCAUUAUUUGUGAUAAUGGUGAUCAAAUGGAAUUCGUACAACCAUCACCAAUGAUUGCAUCGGAUAUUUAUCUAAAUGCAUUUCAAUAUUGCAGUACGGAUAUUAUACCGAAAAUGAAUCUAAAAAAAUGGCGUACAAACAAAUCAAGAUUAGGUGCACCAUUACCAAUCGAUGAUGAAUCAAUAAAAAAAGUAAUACAUCGUGCCAAAAGAGAAGUUGAUCAAUUAUAUCAACGAGAAAAAACACUACCAUUCAAUAGUAGUCGAUUAUCUCGGGCACAAAAAAUGCAUUAUAAUCGUGGAAUACGAAGAAAACGACAAACAACAACAGCAUUAUUUAAUAAUCAAUCAUUACUGUUGGAAAGAGCAACACAUGGUUUAUUGAAACAAAUUCGUAAUGGUAGAGAUCGUGAAGCAAGUAAUGAUGUCAUUGAUGAUAUACAAAAUUUAGUCACAUCAUUACCACAACAUGAACUAAGUGAAUAUCUUAAAAAUCAACUACUUAUACAGAAUCAAAAUAUUGUUGAACAAUGUCAAGAUUAUUCAUUACCAUGUGAUUAUACUAGAAAAUAUCGUACAAUUAAUGGAUGGUGUAAUAAUUUGCAACAUCCAGAAUUCGGUAUCAGUAUGCGUUUGUUUAAUCGAUUUUUAUUACCAAAUUAUGAAGAUGGUAUUGGUGCGCCAAGAAAAUCUUCAGUGAAAAAGAAUAAAAAUCUACCAUCACCACGAUUAAUAUCUGUAGUUGUUCAUGGUGAUACUCGUUCACCACAUGUUCGCUAUUCAUUGAUGACAAUGCAAUGGGGACAGUUUCUUGAUCAUGAUCUAACAUUUACACCAAUGUAUUUAACAACAAAUGGACAAUUAUUAGAUUGUCAAUCAUGUCAAUCACAUAAAACUAUUCAUCCGGAAUGUUGGCCAAUUACUAUACCGAAAAAUGAUCCACAUUUUCGUAAUAGUAAAAAUCGUUGUCUACAUUUUGUUCGUUCAAUGAAUGCCCAACAAACAUUAGGUCCUCGUGAACAAAUGAAUGAUCUUACAUCAUUUAUUGAUGGUUCACAAGUAUAUGGAUCAAAUUAUUGUGAUGCACAUCGAUUGCGAACACUUAGACGUGGUAAACUUAAUUCAACUAGACAUGGCAUUCGUAAUAUGAAAGAUUUACUGCCGCAAACGAUUGAUAAUAUUGAAUGUAAAGCACCAUCAGGAUUUUGUUUCGAUGCUGGUGAUCAUCGUUCAAGUGAACAACCAAGUUUAACCUGUAUACAUACUAUUAUAAUGCGUGAACAUAAUCGAAUAGCUGAAAAACUUGCACAAAUCAAUAUUCAUUGGGAUGAUGAAACUAUUUAUGAAGAAAGUCGUAAAAUUAUUACCGCAUUUUUACAACAAAUUACCUAUGGAGAAUUUCUACCCCGAUUACUUGGUCGUGAUUAUAUGACAAAAUUUGAUCUAAAUCUAUUAGAUAAUGGUUAUUUUAAUGGAUAUGAUAGUGAUUGUGAUGCAACCAUUAAAAAUGAAUUUUCAGCUGCUGUUUUCCGUUUAGGACAUACAUUGUUAAAACCAUCAUUUGAACGCCUUGAUAUCAAUUAUCAACCCAUUAAACAGCCAUUAAAAUUACGUGAAGGUUUUUUCAAUUCAGACAUGCUUUACGAACCAUUUGCAAUUGAUGAAUUAUUACGUGGCCUGGUUACAUCUAGUAUUGAAAAAUUUGAUAAUUCUAUUACUGAAGAGAUAACAAAUCAUUUAUUCGAAGAUUUGAAAAAACCAUUUUCCGGAAUGGAUCUUAUUGCGCUGAAUUUGCAACGAGCACGUGAUCAUGGUCUACCAUCAUACAAUCAUUAUCGUCGACUGUGUAAUAUGACAGUAGCAAAAAAUUUUGAAGAUUUAAGCGAAGAAAUUCCCACGCCUGUUAUUAAAAAAUUAAAAUUAGUUUAUGAUCAUGUAGAUGAUAUCGACCUAUUCACUGGUGGUAUAUCGGAAAAUUCAUUACAUGGUGCAUUGGUAGGACCAACAAUCGGUUGUUUACUUGGCCAACAAUUUCGUACAUUACGUAAAUGUGAUAGAUUUUGGUAUGAAAAUUCAAAUGUUUUCACUCGUUUUACACCGGAACAAUUGGCCGAAAUACGUAAAGUAACAUUAUCGAAAAUUAUCUGUACAAAUAGUGAUCAAAUUACACAUAUACAAAAACAAUCCAUGGAUCAACAUGAUUUAUUUUUAAAUCCACGUAUACCAUGUACAUCAUUGCCCGAAAUGGAUCUGAAUAAAUGGAAAACUAAUGAUAAACAUUGUAUAAUUGGUGGCCAAAUGAUAUUACUUGGUCAAUAUGGCCGUCUAAGUCCUUGUAUGAAUUGUCUUUGUAGUGCUGAAGGGACGAUAUGUCAAUCGAUACGUGUGGAAAAUUGUCAAGAUUUAUUAACGAGCUUUACAGUACAACAAAUUCUAUCCGAUCAAUCAUGUGUUGUACAAUGUGCAUAUUCAAUUCGAAACAAUCAACAACAACAAUUACAAACAUCAACACGAACAUUUAUGUCCAUGUUACGUUUGAAUUUUUAAAAUUUUGAAUUUUUUUUCUCAUCCUAAUUCUUAGUGAUCAAUCAAAUUUUUUUCAUUGUUUUUUGUAAAUUUUUCGAUUUUUUUCUUCAU